AUGCCUAUUCCUUCGCAGCAAGAGCAGGAUGACUUCAGGAGCCCGCUGGACGUCUUUCUAAAACGGGCGGCGGUGGAACUUUGGAACCGGGACCGUCUGCGUGAGGUGGGAUCUUCAAUUCUGCGUAUCAUGGCCUCCAAUAGCAACCCCAGAGCGGCGAGAGCCGAUGAUGAUGUUGCGGGCAACCUGGCCAACGAGCUUUUUGUCUCGAUUGGUUGUCGCAUCAUGCUCCAGGAGAAUAUCUGGACGGACCGCAGGCUCGUCAAUGGCCCCUUUGCAACAGUCCGGGAUAUCAUCUGGUCGGCUACAACUGUGGAUGCGUUGCACACUCGCCCCGACGCUCUUAUCGUGACGGUCGAUGGGUACACGAAGCCGGCCUGGAAGACGGACUACCAGGGUCGCGCGUUACUCCCAACCCUGCCCGUUACGCGCACGUUCCUGGUCGAUGGGCACGAAUGCCACCGCACCCAGUUUCCCAUUCAAUCUUGCGUUUACGAUAUGUUGCUUUAG